AUGAUACAACAACAGCCUCGAGAAAAGGCGUCAAGAGGCCUGGUAGAAAGAAAGUUUGCUCAGGGAAUCAAUCCUCACAAUAUGCUCGUCAGAGUCGUCGCUCGACUCAUCUCUCGUUGGACGCUUGUUGUUGUGAUGCAACUCCUCAUGUCUCUCGUGCAUAGGGUGGCAGACCCUUCGGAUUUUGAGGAGACCAUUCGACGUUGUGCCACCUCAUCAGACCACCAUGCUCUGGAACAAGAGAUCCAGACGAGUAAUCGGCUGAACGUGAAAUUAUUGAAGACGGCCUUUUUUGGAGAGUUCUACCAGCUUCGAACCCAGCAAUGUCUAAGCCUCAAUAUGACUAAGAAGUACAAUCAGCAGCAUACCCGCCAAAAGAAAUCUUCCACUGCAGGAUCAGAUCUCAAUGCGGAAAAUAUCUUUUCAUUCUCAAUAAAGAAGCACAGUACCACAGAGUCGAUACCAGUUGGCUUUGAUCCCUCUUUAUAUAGCGUUGCUCCUGAUAAUUUCAUCAUUUCUUUAGUCGAUCCUACAAAUGUCUCACGCAACCUAGAAGGAAGGGCUCCCAAUAAAGGGUUGGCAGAUACCAAAUCCCUUAUUUUAGGAACUUUGACCAAAGGAGGUGUGACCAUGACAAGUGAUCGAACAACAGCAGCUCUGUGCCACAAGGAUCGUUUUCCAAGCAGGUACCGCCUGGAGCAUACUUUCACGAUGAGUUCUUUUAGCUAUGAAUACUUAUACAGCAAAGAACCCCAGUCUGCGGGUCCUAACUCCUCAUCCUCCGCAAGAUCACCAAAGGCCUCCAGUGCUUUGUUCAGCAUUUCAUACUUUGUGUAA